UGCUGCCGAUUUUAUUUCCAAGUUACCGUCGCAAUCAAUAGACAAUUCCGCUACAAUCAAUGGCUUCGUUGCUGAAGUUUUCGGCUGGCCUGCGGGCGUACAGUCGUGGCCACCAGCUGUUGCUCCGGCGCACCAAGGUGUCGAAUGCGGCCGAGUUCCGGGCUGCGCUGGUCAAUGUGCCACCGACUGAGGUAACGACGCUUAACAGCGGGCUGCGUGUAGCAAGCGAAGACUCCGGCUCCCAAACGGCCACCGUUGGCCUGUGGAUUGAUGCCGGCUCGCGCUAUGAGGACAAUAACAACAAUGGUGUGGCGCACUUCCUGGAGCACAUGGCCUUCAAGGGCACGGCGAAGCGUUCCCAAACCGACCUCGAGCUGGAGGUGGAGAACAUGGGCGCGCACCUGAACGCGUACACGUCCCGCGAACAAACCGUCUUCUACGCCAAGUGCCUGUCGAAGGACGUACCAAAGGCGGUCGAGAUUUUGUCCGACAUCAUCCAAAACUCGAAGCUCGGCGAAUCGGAGAUUGAGCGCGAGCGAGGUGUUAUCCUGCGUGAGAUGCAGGAAGUCGAGAGCAACCUGCAGGAGGUGGUGUUCGAUCAUCUGCACGCUACCGCUUACCAGGCCACCCCGCUCGGUAACACCAUCCUCGGACCCACGAAGAACAUCCAGUCGAUCGGCAAACCGGACCUGCAGCAGUACAUUGAUGCACACUACAAGGCACCGCGCAUCGUCCUGGCCGCGGCCGGUGGUGUACGCCACGACGAUCUGGUGCGCCUAGCCGAGCAAAGCCUCGGCAAAGUAAGCUCGACUGUGGAUGGUAAAGCGCCGGCUUUGGCAACGUGUCGGUUCACCGGCUCGGAGGUACGCGUCCGCGAUGACUCGCUCCCACUGGCACAUGUUGCGAUUGCGGUGGAAGGUUGUGGCUGGACGGAUCAGGAUAACGUGCCGCUGAUGGUGGCCAACACGCUAAUCGGUGCGUGGGACCGAUCGCAGGGUGGUGGCGCCAAUAACGCUUCCAAACUGGCUGUGGCCUCCGCCACCGAUGGGCUAUGCCACAGCUACCAGUCGUUCAACACCUGCUACAAAGAUACCGGCCUGUGGGGCAUCUACUUCGUGUGUGACCCGCUCAAGUGCGAGGAUAUGCUGUUCAACGUGCAGAACGAAUGGAUGCGCCUCUGCACCAUGGUGACGGAGGGUGAGGUCGAACGGGCCAAGAACCUACUCAAGACGAACAUGUUGCUGCAGCUGGACGGAACGACACCGAUCUGCGAGGACAUCGGUCGGCAGAUGCUCUGCUACAACCGUCGCAUCCCGCUGCACGAGCUGGAGCAGAGAAUCGACAGCGUUACUGCCCAGAAUGUGCGCGAUGUAGCGAUGAAGUACAUUUUCGACCGAUGCCCGGCCGUUGCCGCCGUCGGACCGGUUGAGAACCUGCCCGACUACAUGCGCAUCCGCUCGUCCAUGUACUGGACGCGCCUGUAAGCGGCCGGUUCCGCAAUACCCACCAAACCUCCAGCCAUCGCCACCGCUUGGGGGCUUAGCAACUAGAAAAAACGAAAUCCAACCUAACCUGACUGGGACACGAUGUAGAAGACGUGGGACGAACGAAGCAAGAUUGGGUGAAGAUGGAAGGUGGCCCUUCGGCAAUGGCAUCCCUAAAUCCCUAAAACGGGAUGGAUAGAAUGGCAAAAAUGCAAUCUUAGUGCUAGCUAAUAUACGAGCUGUGAUGUUAGAAGUCGCCCGAAUGGGCAGCUGCUCGGGAAGUUCGGAUUUUGGGGAGCCCAGUUUUAAAACCCAUGCUAAAUUUUACGUCUUAUUCGCUGAACGAACCGGCGUUCUGUUCCUUCAUUGUACAGCUAGCGCAAACGAUAUUGAAAUAAUAACAAAACAUCAACCAAA